AUGCCGUCUCACGACGGCGCGACUGCGUGCAUCCUUUGGCUGGAAAUUGGGUCUCGCCUCUUGGCCUCGGGAACGGAGCACGUGACAGCGGGGGCGGGGGUAUGUCAACGUGUCUGUUGAUAGAGUUGCUAUCAGACACCCAGGCCUUCAACAGUUCUCGUCCUGUCUUAUUACUGGCUCGCGCUACUACCCGCUUGCUCGCGAAGUUGAAUUCGUGGCCUCCCUCCAGGGUGCGAGUGGCGACCUGAGACAACGGGUUGCCUCCGAACCGCCCGUUUAUGCUCCGUUAUUUAUGAGCUAAGUCGCCGUCCGGUCUGUCCUGUGUAGUGGCGAGGGCAGCCCCAACAUGGGAUCUGAUAAACGACACCCGAUUGAUCUCCCACGCCUAGUCGAUCCUUCACACGCAUGAUUUAGUUGCGCAUGGUCGCUGUCGGACGAUGAACAACACUCACACCGAGCUCUCCAGCGAUACGCUCCAUCGCUUCGGACACGUUAUUUAUAUAUGGUAGAAGGUGCCAUAAUGUUGACGGCUCUCCGCCGUUUGUUCGCCGUCAGUGCGUGCGGAGGCAGUGGCUGACAAAGCUGUUCGGGUAUCCAUUCCUUGCCAGUUGGUCCUGAAGAUGCCGCGGUUCUCCUACUCGUACUCGGUUAGCAGUGUACUUUCGGGCCGUGAUGCUUCUUAGGCAUCUAGUUUUGGUCGUCGCCAGAGUCGUUUUUACUGCCGCACAAUCACCAGACAUCAUGCAUGAGUCUGUUACGGACUUGGGCCGGCUCGUUCGGAUAAGUAUGCGGUUGGUAUGAUCGGGAUGUGGCCAGCUUUUCAUUAUAGGACGAACAGAUAUCUCUUGGGAUGUCGGAAACAGGUAUUUAUAAUGGAAGUUGAUUGUUCACCGCGAGUUUUGCAAGCCUUUUACCAGUCACAAAGGUUUCCAUGGUUUUAUACCCAAAUUCGCAUUGUGUAUGCAUUCCGUUUUCGCUGCCAGACAUUCCUGUCCCCCACAACAAUGUCACACCAAGGAAUAUGUCGAACCACUGACCGCAGCUAAUCACAGAAGACCCCUUCCUGCAUAUCAUCGGCAUCCAGUUUUGGGACGUAUACUAUGGCUGAAGUCUUGGCAACAGGUGCAAAAUGGCGUGCAAGUCAAUCCUCUUUGAUACCACCCCCGACGCUAAAGUGAAGCUUUGACCUAAUAACUUAGAGAACUCUACGUCGAUCAGCUUUGCUUGUGACACUGCUGUGGUAGAUUUGGAGACAGUUGUUAACUUCUGACAUCUCGGUGUAGUGGGAACCAUGGUCGGCGAACCCGUCUCGAGACUAAAGUAUAUCGUAUUGUGCCAGUGCCCGCACGGGUGGGUUGCGCGUUGCUGGUGUCAGAGAUGUCCUUACAUGCCUUUCGCAAUUCUUGCUUGGUUACAUAUUUGCCAUCUGACUCACUAGCGGUGGCUCGAAGCCGUUGUUUGCGGUAGAUGCGGCAGUUAGUUUGCCAGAUCCUAAUUCUGCUUAUUCACUAGCUGUCAGUCUGUUUUUUUCACAGCCGACCUUCACUUAAGGCCAUUUCAUCGUUCUCCACCCGUCAUUGAUUUCUUAGCCAACAGUUAAAUGAACAGAUAGGUACUGUAAUCCCUGAAAUUUUGGGUUUCAGGUGGUUGGUUCUGGUGUUUAAUAAAAUUGUCGAGCUUACUUCCGAGUUGCAGAACUUUUGUGGCAUUUGAGGCGCUGUUGCGUAUUUAGUGGUAAGAUCCCUCCUUCGUGUUACUCCAGUGGUGGUUGAGGAACUGCCUGUUUGAAUUGUCUACGAAACCGUUCUUGGGACCCAAAUUUAUCUAAUGUGGGAGGAAAUAGGUCCGGAGCGACGUGCCGUGCUAUUUCAUUUUUCGUACGAUGGGCUUUUUCACAUCCCUUGACAACUGCCUAGACCCCAUCUCCAAGCAAACUGCACGCUUUAUAUAUGGGGCAGCAUCUCCUGAGAAUGGUUCCGUUGAUAUCAGUAAAUGCAAUCCCAAUAGCAACAGGCUGUUGGGCGGUGAUGUGAAAGACAUGCAGAACCCAUUGAAGCAACCUUUUGGAGAGCGAAGAUCGCGGAAAUCCUAUAUCCGAGCUUUAUAAGACUGUUGGACUGUCAGGGUUUCACUCAGCGGCCUAUAAACAGAAGGGAAUUGUGAUCUAGCGACACCUAACUCUCAACUUUAGACUAGGGGAGUAAUUCGAAACAAGACCGACCUUAUACAGAGGCAGUAAAUAAUAACACGGUUUUCAUAACCUAUGCAAUAUAUCAUAUGAGGCCUACGGUCUAGGCAUGACAUUAUAUCAUUAAAAGGAGUGGUACGCAGUGGACUUUUUUUUUAGAUAGAAACCGUUUUGUCAAAAAGCGUACAUGCAUCUGGAGCUCAUUGCCCAGUUUGCCUACCCUUAAGCUUGACCACUGGCACAUCCAGAUCGGAAUUAAUAGGACGUUGUCUUGACGUAGAUCGCUGGCAUGUUCCGAGCCCGGAUACGGAGAGCCUUAAGGCCUUGAUGCUCCGGUAUUGGUACUUAAGGCUGUAGGUUGGACAUUAGCCUAAAUUGAAUAAUCCAGGUAGCUGAUAUCUGGGAGAAAAUAGGUGAUUGCAUCUCAGUUGGCCAGAAGUUAGAAUUCACAGAUAUAUUGACCCAACUGUGAAAACCUCGGCGCCUCGGUGGGAUUCGAACCCACGCAGUAAGGGGAAGGCUUUAGCGCAGCGAACGCUCUAACCACCUGAGCUACGAGGCCCCUGAGAGGUGGUUAGAGCGUUGGCUGCGCUAAAGCCGUCCCCUUACUGCGUGGGUUCGAAUCCCACCGAGGCGCCGAGGCUUUCACAGUUGGGUCAAUAUGAAUUAUUCAAAAUCUGUCAAAAUAUCAGUGAAUUUACAGACAGUCACUUGAGCACUCUUGGUUUUCUCAUUGAGUUCUGUCUAGCAUGAAAACUAGCUACGACAGGUUUGAAAUGUUCUGUUUGACCUAGGGAAUAUUAUGUGGCUGCAAGAUCUGAUCUAAGCGCUCGCCGCCACCGGACGACUUUUUUUCAGGAAGACAAGCGGCAUUCUGAGUUCACGGGGUCGGCUGACAAUUGGGAUUUUUGCUUGGUUUGGUCAACGAUUCUUACGUCAUUAGGGUCAUAUUUUAACCUCAACUUAGAGGUGCCCAUAUCAGUCGUGCUGUUAUGGAUUUGACGGACGGGAAAUGUCCCUCGUCCACGUCCAUGAUCCUUUUAUUUUAUUUUGACGUGGGGAAAUGUUUCUCGGACGACUGACAGGUGCAUCGUGAUGUCCAUAAAUGACAGACCCGCGCGGGGGUGGUCGCGACCCAGGCUAGAGGAUAACCUUGAGAUAGUCGAGUUUUGCCCACCAUUCUAUUCCUCUUAACGCUAACUGCUGUCUAAAAAGGAAUCUAAAUAUUAGAUACUAAUCACCCACCCUAUAGCAAUUUGCAUUUUACUUUGUUCUUAGGCUGUCACUUACUUCUCUAGGCCUCGUCUUUUAGCUACGGUCGUAAGUAGUUGGAAAACAAAGUCAGUCGUGAAUCAACAGUCAAGGCUAGCGUCCUUAUUGUGUUUCUUUGUGCCAACGUGGUCCACUGCUAACUGCUGGAAGUGACUAGUUAGACUCAGAACCUGCAGCACAAAUGAGUUGGUGGAAUGAUUUUCCGAAAUAAUUUUAGGCUGUCAUGAUUCCCCGCGUAGUUUUUUUGCACAUAUCCCGAAAUAUGGUAACUGACUGCGGACGAGGGAUGGGACGCUGUCGGCAUUUCCACGCGCCUUGGUUCAAACUGUUGCUCGGGACACUCAAGGGCUAAUGGGGAUGGCGCUCACCAAGCCGAUCUAAGUACUCGAAAAAGUGUCGGUGUUUUGUUCUGCCGUCAAACUUCAGUUGGGUGUGAUCAUUCAAGUUUCCCAUUCCUUCGACUACAGUACUUAGUGAUUUUUGAUAGUUCCUCACUACGUUUGCUCUCGUGGACUCAAAACUUCUGCCGGGUGGUACUGUGACAGUUUAUUCGGUGUGGCGAUAGCGACCAACUCUCAUUUUCCAGUUCACUGCUUUCGCAUGCAUACGACACAGUCUUCGUCUUACCGACACCGUUACGCCGGCAGAUGACAGUUCGACCAUCGGUUUCGAUGAUGUCCACCGUGUGCCCCACAGUUGCAGCAGCAGUGGGAGCAGGGACGGUGACUUACGCAGGGGUUUAUAGUGCCAGUAGACUUGCGUAGCAUCUACCUACACUCUCUCCUCCUCCCUCGCCCGAGCCCGGUGUUAAGACAGAUUCCAGAAGACCGGAGACGAGGGGGUCGCAGGUGGAUGGCUCGGACGGAUCCUCACCUUGGCGUUCCACCACACCCCCUGGUCCACACAACAAUAACCAGGAUGUAGGGGGUGUAGGGGUGUCCAGCGGUGGGUUCACGUGAUCAGAUCAGAUCAGAUCAGAUUUAUUAAGGGAAAGGUAGGCGAGCGCCUUUGAACUCCCUUUUGGUUACAAUAACGUCAUAAAAAACAAUGUGUAAGGCAAGUGUGAAAAAAAUUAGGUAAGUAGUUACAUACAACUAGCAUUGGUCACUGGUAUGAAUUUGUCUGUGAAUGCCUUCUAUGUCAAAAUUGUACAAUAUCCAGUACGGUACCGAAUGGACCAAGUAUUAUCAAAGCAAGAGCAUAUGUGGCGGUCAGUAGAUAGCGAAAAUUGUAAAACGUAAUGUUACUAAAAUGGUCGUAGUUGUCGCUCACUUGCUUGCAGGUGAGACUACGCCUAGCGUCCAUUUGCUUGCACCCAACUCUCACCUGUGGCUCCACGAAGCUGGGCUCUGCUCAGCGGCCACACCCCGGGCAACCGUCUCGACCGGCGGGCUAAACUAAGUGAGGGCGCUGUGCGCUUGUGCCGCGUGCACAGUGCACUGCGGGCUCCGCUGGAUGGAUGGUCGGAUGAAAAACUGCGCCGGCAUCGUCGAGACGAGGUUCUGCCUGGUACGCCGUUGGACAACUGCUGCCGGGACGGGUCUCCGCAUCGCCUUCGCUGAGACGCGCCCACCCUCGCCGACGGAGACCGCGGACUCACGGCAUAUGCGGUCGUUCUCCACUACAAACAUAAAAGUCGUGGCCCCAUAGUGGGAUUCGGUCGCGCCAACCAGGCACAUGGGCAGCCCGAUUAAGUGGCGGCACUUCCUGCCCCCACGAGGGGAAGGGCCUAGAAAAGGUGGCCUAAAAAUGCUGGGUACCACGCCGUCUUCAGGCUAGCCAGGGCCGCAGACGUCUAAUCAUGGUCGAAACACUCAAAAUCGAAACAACAACAAUACCAAUAACAACAACAACCAUACUCAUUCUCCUCAUCCUACCUCUUCUACCUCUUCCUCUAUCUAUUCUUCUCCUUCGUCAUCUUCUUCUCCACCUCCUCCCCGUCGCCCCACUCGUUGUCCCCAGACUGGCAGGGUGAGCCCGCUCACUCUGGCAGCCUGGAAUGUUUGUUCCCUUUUAGACAAUCCGAGGAGCAACCGACCGGAGCGGAGGACAGUGUUAGUGGCACGAGAACUCGCCCGCUACAAGGUGGACACCGCCACACUCAGCGAGACGCGAUUCUCCGAACAAGGCCAGCUGGAGGAGGUGGGUGCCGGCUACACCUUCUUCUGGAGUGGUCGGCCCAGGGCAGAGCGACGAGACGCGGGCGUCGCCUCCGCCAUCCGGAACGACAUCGUGGGACGACUGCCCAGUCUGCCGCAGGGCAUCAACGAUCGCCUGAUGAGCCUCUGUCUGCCUCUCCGGGGUGGGGACAAAUUCGCCAUCAUCAUCAUCAUCAUCAGCGCCUACGCUCCGCCCAUGACCAACCCCGACGCCGUCAGAGACAAAUUCUACGAGGACCUGCACGCCCUCUUGGCGACUGUGCCGGAGGCGGACAAGUUGAUUGUCCUUGGCGACAUCAACGCCUGCGUCGGCACAGACCAUACUGUCUGGAGAGGAGUGCUGGGUCCCCACGGUCUCCGCGGCUCAAACGAGAAUGGUCUGCUGCUGCUCCGCACCUGCGCAGAGCACCGCCUCAUCCUGACGAACACGUUGUUCUAUCCGCCGGAGCGAGAGAAGGCCACCUGGAGACAUCCUCGGUCGCGUCAGUGGCACCUGCUGGACUAUGUCCUCGUCCGGAGGCGAGAUCAGCGGGACGUGCUGGUGACGAAGGCGAUCGCGGGUGCUGACGGGUGGACCGACCAUCGCCUCGUCAUAUCGAAGAUGCGUAUUCGCCUACAGCCUCGCAGGAAACCACAAGGUAAGCGACCCCCAGGUAAGCUGAAUAUUGCCUUGUUGUCUUUGCCCGCUCACCAUAUUCAUUUCAGCAAUGAGCUAGCUCAAAGGCUAGACAACCUUCCUAUCGCUGCCGACGCCGCCGCUGCCGAGAACGCCUCCGUGGAGAACCGCUGGUGUCAACUGCGAGCCACGGUCCUGUCGACGGCACUCGCCGUCCUCGGUCGUGCUCCCCGCCAACACCAGGACUGGUUCGACGACAACGACGCCGCCAUCAGAAAUCUGCUAGCUGAGAAGAACCGCCUACACAAAGCCUACGUAGAUCACCCCACUGAUGCCACCAAAGCUGCCUUCUACCGCAAUCGCCGCCAACUUCAGCAACGACUGCGCGAGAUGCAGGACGCCUGGACUGCUCACAAAGCCGAGGAGAUCCAAGGCUACGCGGACCGCAACGAAUGGAAGAACUUCUUCUCUGCGAUCAAAGCUGUCUACGGUCCGCCGACGAAGCGCACUGCUCCUCUCCUCAGCGCCGACGGUAGCACUCUCCUGACUGAGAAGAUGCAAAUUCUACAGCGAUGGGCCGAGCAUUUUCGAGGCGUCCUCAACCGCCAUUCCGCCAUCUCUGACGCCGCCAUCGAGCGUUUGCCGAAAGUGGAGAACAACGUGGACCUCGACCUCCCGCCAUCUCUCCAGGAGACCAUCAGGGCCGUGCAGCAGCUCUCCAGCGGGAAAGCACCCGGAUCGGACGCAAUCCCUGCUGAGUUCUACAGGCAUGGAGGUCCCCAACUGAUGGAUCACCUGACUGCGCUCUUCCAGGAGAUGUGGCGUCAAGGCGAAGUCCCGCAAGAUUUCAAGGACGCAACCAUCGUGCAUCUCUACAAGCGCAAAGGGAAUCGCCAAGUCUGCGACAAUCACCGCGGCAUCUCCUUGCUGAACAUCGCCGGGAAGAUCUUCGCACGAAUCCUCCUCAACCGUCUCAAUAACCAUCUCGAACAGGGCCUUCUGCCUGAAAGCCAAUGCGGCUUCCGUCAUCAUCGUGGGACCACGGAUAUGAUCUUCGCCGCCCGUCAAUUUCAGGAGAAGUGCCAGGAGAUGCGGACCCACCUGUACUCUACCUUCGUGGACCUGACGAAAGCCUUCGACAAGGUGAAUCGUGAAGGACUGUGGAAGAUCAUGCAGAAAUUCGGCUGUCCGGAGCGAUUCACUCAGAUGGUGCGUCAGCUGCACGACGGUAUGAUGGCGCGAGUCACGGACAACGGAGCUGUCUCAGAGGCAUUCGCAAUGACCAAUGGAGUGAAGCAGGGCUGCGUACUGACGCCUACCCCCUUCAGUCUUAUGUUCUCUGCCAUGCGAAUGGACGCCUACCGCGACGAACGCCCCGGGAUCCGCAUCGCCUACAGGACGAACGGUCACCUCCUGAUUCAACGGCGGAUGCACUUCCAAUCGCGCGUAUCCACAACCACUGUUCACGAACUCCUCUUCGCCGACGACUGCGCCCUGAACACCACCUCGGAAGAGGAGAUGCAACGGAGCAUGGACCUGUUCUCCGCCGCCUGUGAGAAUUUCGGUCUGGUCAUUAACACGCAGAAGACGGUGGUGAUGCACCAACCGCCACCCCACUCAGUCACAGCCCCCAACGCGCCGCCGCAAAUCAGCGUGAAUGGGACCCAACUGCAAGUGGUGGAGAACUUCUGUAGCGAGCGUCAAAGACAGAACCGUCAAUCCCAGACUAUAAAAAUCAGGAUAAGACCAGAGUUAUGGAAGAAUUAA